CUGAGACUACGAGGGCAGCAAACAUGGCCAGUGCAACAGACACGGCCAGUGCAGCAGACACGGCCAGAGCAGCAGAGAUGGCCCAUGGAGUCGAGCAGCGGCUGGCCCAGAUGUUAGAGGGUAUGAGCAAGGAGCAGCUGAGGAAGUUCCUACUGCGGCUGCCUGAUAAGGAUCUCUGCCAGCACUCUCCUGGGGCAACCCCAGCUCAACCAGAGGAGGUGUGUGGCAUGGAGGUGGCCUCAUGCCUGGUGGCUCAACACGGGGAGCAGCAGGCCUGGGACCUGGCCCUGCAGACCUGGGAGCAGAUGGGCCCGAGCGAGCUGUGUGCUCGAGCCCAGAAAGAGCCAGCUAUGAAGUCAGCCAGAGACUGAGCAUGAAGGUUUAGGAGGUGUCAAUACCCCUUCUUCAACUAUAGGAAUGUGUCAUCUCAAG